UUAGUAUAAAUACUUCCCUUGCUCUCAGUCUAGCUCUAUACUGCUUGCGUUUUCUUUUGAAGGCGUUUGCUUUCUUCUCUUCUGGUGAUGUCUGGACGUGGAAAGCAGGGUGGCAAGGCUCGCGCCAAGGCCAAGACGCGCUCGUCGCGGGCCGGGCUGCAGUUCCCGGUCGGCCGCGUCCACCGCUUGCUUCGCAAGGGCAACUACUCCGAAAGGGUCGGGGCCGGGGCGCCGGUGUACCUGGCGGCCGUGCUGGAGUACCUGACGGCCGAGAUCCUGGAGCUGGCGGGCAACGCGGCCCGCGACAACAAGAAGACGCGCAUCAUCCCGCGCCACCUGCAGCUGGCCAUCCGCAACGACGAGGAGCUCAACAAGCUGCUGGGCCGCGUCACCAUCGCGCAGGGCGGCGUCCUGCCCAACAUCCAGGCCGUGCUGCUGCCCAAGAAGACCGAGAGCCACCACAAGGCCAAGGGCAAAUAAGCUGAUGACUUUUUUUUACACAGGCUUUUUUCCUGAUCAAGAGAAAGUCCGCUUAGCUACUUAAAAAGGCUCUUUUAAGAGCCACCCA